AACAUAAAAGCUCUAUGCAGAAAACCAAAACAUUGGUGGUGUGUGUGAGAUUGUGUGAAAAUAAUGCGCAUUUAAUGGUGGUCAUGGAGAAUCUUUGGGGCAAGCUGCCACCUGCCAAAUCAGGAAGUUCUGUCAGGAGUCUUGAUGUCAAACUUCCUUUCUCCAAGCCACAGCCAAUCCACAUUGACAUAUCUCAUCUUCAACAUCCGUUUACUCCAAAGAAACAACAACCAACACAGCUACAUCCUGAGCUCUGCCGACCAGAUUACAUCAGCAUUCAUACAAUUCAGCUUCUGACACAUAACCGACAACUAAGAAAUGCCACCACGCAGCUAUCAAAUGCAGAGAAGAGUGAUUUAGAGAGAAGAAUACCCAGCAUUUCACCAAGUCCUGUUUUAGGAUCAAUAAAGGUCUCCAAUAAAUCAGACACAGAAAAUUCUGGCAGAUCAUCACCAUUGAUGUUAAAUGAAGGAACAAUUGAGAUUGAUGAAACUGUUGCUAAGCAACUGUCAAGAAGAGCUGUUGCCACAAUAUGUGCUCAUUCAGGCUUUGAAAUGAGUCAAGAAUCAGCCUUAGACUGUCUAACAGAUGUCCUUCAUGAGUACUUAUUGAAAUUCUGUAAACGUUUACGUCUGGCUGUGGACAGGGAGGCAACAUACGGUACCACAAGCUUCCAGGAUGUUUUAACUGAUGUCUUUAAAGACAUUGGCAUUGACAAUACUGAAGUACUCUAUCAGUUUUGGAAGACAAGAAUCAAAGAUUACCAUGAUUUCAUUGAAAGAAAAAACAAGAAAUUACAAGACCAAUAUCAAAGCCUUAUUAAUCCAGUAGGUGAUGCAGUUGAAUCAACUUCACAAGUGAAGCAAGAAACUAGUUCAGAGAUCCAGUUUACAGAAAACUUCCCAGACCUCCUUGAUCAGCUGCCAGAUACCAGCACCUCUGGCAUCUCCUACCAAGGUCUAUCAACGCUGGAGCUGGAAGAAAACUCCCGGGCGGCAGCCAGCAACAGUGAAGAUGCUGAUACUGCUCAGUGGCUAGAAGGACAGAUCAAGCUUGAAACCACAGAUAAGGACUCAAGUGCUAAUGAUAGUACUGAUAGGAAUUCACAGAAUGACAGUGAUAGUUUAACCCUUGGCCCUUCACCUUCUGGUUCAUCAAAUUUUGAUGGUCUUUCUCCUGUUAGUGUUGGUAAUCCAAGGAAAAAAAGGAAGAAAUGAAUGUUUGAAUUAUAAAUUGGAUAAUCAACUUAAUACAACUUGAAAAACCAAGGAUAUGAAGCUGGCUGGUCUGGGCCUUGUACUGUGAAUGAGCCUUAUGUGUGGUAUUGUUAUGCUAAUUGCGAGUUUAGAAGGUCUGCACAUGCUCAGAAGUGUCUCAUGUGUUGAAAUCUGUGGAGGUUGCUGAAUGUUGGAUUUGUAUAUUAAAUCAAGAUUAUUUGCACUUGUGAGCAAUACAUUUUUAUUUUAUAUAGGUAAGUAGUAAAUAUAUGAAUAAGUUUAAUGCACUAAUUAGUUGAUAACUUCAUUCUAAUUGUUUUGGUGCCAACUAGCGUUAUACGGUACGGUAAAACAAAUGCAAAAUAGGGGUACUAAUUUCACUUGACAUGCAAAUCAAUUAUACUUACACACUUAAAAACAAAAUAAUCUACCAAUAAAAUCAUCUGUUAGUUAACAUAUAAGGUACAUAUUUCUAAAAAGUAGAUUUUUAAUUUCUUGUGAUUUUAUUGUUCAGUGUAUUACAAUGAACAUGACAUAAGCCAUGUCAAACCACAUGUAAAAUGCCAAAAAAAAAUCAAAACAAAUUAGAAUGAAGUUAUCAACUAGUGCAUUAAAUUUAUUCAUAUACUUACUACUUUUGCCUAUAUAAAAUAAAAAUGUAUUGCUCAUAAAUGCAAAUAUUCUUGAUUUUAAUUACAAAUUCAACAUUCAGCAACCUCCACAGAUUUCAACACGACAAUCCUGAGCAUGUGCAGACCUUUUUAAUUCAUAAUUCGCAUAACAAUACCACACAUAAGGCUGAUUCACAGUACUGUACAAGGCCCAGACUAGCCAGCUUCCUGUCCUGGUAACAGGAUCAUUAUGUCACAGAGCAAUGAUUGAUGGAUGUGUACUGUUGGUGGCAGCGGUGGCUCCAGAAGUAUGCUAACAAGGGGUCCGACUUUUGCGACAGUGGGGUCUGAACCAAAGUGCUGCCUAGAGCCUUGAUCAAGGUCCCGAAGUAAAAAAUCCCGGUAGGGUUCAUGGAGAGAGUUUUUAUGACUUUUAGACCACACUAUUGGGGAUUGGCAAUCAAAAUUAAUAUUAAUAUAUAAUAUUAAUUAAUUAUUAUUAUUAUUAUUAAUAUUUUUGGUCCGAUGACCUCAUCGUGGCGUCAAGCUACGGGGCGGACCGGCAGGUCCACCACUAUACUGGUUGAUCACAAUGAUGUGCCAGUUGGUCAGUUAAGAACAGACACUAGGGAGGAGAUAGUCAGGCAAAACGUGAAUGAAUCAACCCAAAGAUCCUAAUGCUAGAAUUAAUUUCUACUAUGAUCAUGUGAUUCAAGAAUAUUUUAUAGUCUUAAUUUCAUCUUCACUUGUUAACAGUGAUUACAUUAGUAGUAAAUAAUAUUACUACAGUACUGUAUAAUAUUCCCCGGUUUGACAACUGCAAAUUCCAUGCGUACAAAUCAGUCAAAACAGCUUGCGUUUCAUACUGGUACAAGUAGCCAUCUUUACAAGAUGUUCAUUAGACAUUGACUUGAAAGGUAUUCAUGGUCGACUGCAUUUAAUUAAAAAUUUUCAAGUGAAAUGAACAACCACAACCCUGUUAUAGGUUUUUACUACUAUACUUGCUCAGACUGCAAAACCAGAACAAUAAGUAAAACCAUUUUUUCUUUGUAAUAUUUUUUAAUGAAAACACACUUU